GUAUAGUAACAAGAGUCUCCACCUAAAUGAAGUACAGCAAGGAACACAGCUUUGUGUUUGGACAGCUCGGCCUCAUCAUCGGGGAGUAAAAUCACCCAAGCCCACACACCACGCGCGGCCCUUGAACCCAGAAGGAAACGUAUCUGAUGAAUUCUGUAGUGUCUAUUAAAAUAAUUCCAGAUUUUUUGCCACAAUUUAAAUAUUUGUUUUCGUUGUUUCCCCACGACAUCCGCUGGAUGAAAUGAGCUAUCAAAGUCAACAGAGUGGACAGCAGACAGCGUUCUGUUUCUAUUUCUAACUCGCAUUUGAUUUGAACGUGUCUGCGCAGUUCUUCCCCUGAAAUUGACCCCACGGACUCAAAACCCGAUCUGGGUUUUGCUCCAAUUCCCUCAGAAUUAGCAUCCUUAUUUCGCUGUCUCUGCUCAUAAUCUUCAUCCCCAAUUGUCUUCAUCAUCAUCAAUUCAAUUCCCUCCGUGCAUAUUUACAUCCUAAGAUUUCCAAAUCCCAAACUGGGUUUUUCCUUUUUUCCCUCCCAAUUUGAGAGCGUCAUCACGAAAUGGGUUGUUGUUCAAGCAAGAAAAUGACCAUAGGUCCAGAUGUUAAUGGACACAGAUCAGGGAAAACAGGCGUUUCGACUGCCCCACAGCCUCAGCAAUCAUCCCCUUCUGUUCAGCACCAGAAGGUUUCAUCUCACCAGAAUCAAACAUCUCACUAUUCACCUCAGCAAACAACCCCUUCUGUUCAGCACCAGAAGGUUUCAUCUCAUCAGAAUCAAACAUCUCACUAUCCACAGGAAGUGCCCAGACCACAGCCCCAACCCAAGUCCCAAAGCCCUUUAAAACCCUCGCCGGCAGCCCCAAAUAGAAGACCCGUUCAGAGAUCCGAUACCAUUCUGGGCAGGCCAUUUGAGGACAUCAAAUCACUCUACACUCUCGGAAAAGAACUGGGUCGGGGCCAGUUUGGGGUCACUUACCUCUGUACUGAAAAUUCAACUGGUCACACCUACGCCUGCAAAUCUGUACUGAAGAGAAAGCUUGUUAGUGUCAAUGACAAGGAGGACAUAAGAAGGGAGAUUCAAAUCCUGCAGCAUUUAACUGGGCAGGCCAAUAUUGUGGAGUUCAAGGGUGCCUAUGAGGACAGGCAGUCGGUGCAUCUGGUGAUGGAGCUCUGCGCUGGCGGGGAGCUCUUUGACCGGAUAAUUGCCCAGGGCCAGUAUUCGGAGAGAGCUGCGGCCAAGAUUUGCCGAUCCAUUGUGAAUGUUGUCAAUGUUUGCCAUUUUAUGGGGGUGAUGCAUAGGGACCUUAAACCUGAGAAUUUCUUGCUUUCUAGCAAGUAUGAAGGAGCAAUGCUGAAGGCAACUGAUUUUGGGCUGUCUGUUUUCAUUGAAGAGGGAAGAGUGUACCGUGAUGUGGUAGGCAGUGCUUACUAUGUUGCUCCAGAAGUAUUACGACGCAGCUAUGGAAAGGAAAUAGAUGUCUGGAGUGCAGGAAUUAUCUUGUACAUUCUACUCAGUGGAGUACCUCCAUUUUGGGCUGAAACUGAGAGGGGAAUAUUUGAUGCCAUAUUGCAAGGAGAAAUUGACUUCGAGAGUCAACCAUGGCCAUCCAUAUCAAACAGCGCCAAGGAUCUAAUCAAGAAGAUGUUGACCCCAGAUCCCAAAAAGCGGAUAACUUCUGCCCAAGUUCUUGAGCACCCAUGGAUCAAAGAAGAUGGUGAGGCAUCAGACAAACCAAUAGAUAGUGCAGUGCUUUCUAGAAUGAAGCAAUUCAGAGCAAUGAACAAGCUCAAGAAACUUGCAUUGAAGGUCAUUGCUGAAAAUCUAUCUGAAGAAGACAUAAAAGGUCUUAAAGCUAUGUUCACAAACAUGGACACUGACAAGAGUGGUACAAUAACUUAUGAAGAACUAAAGUCAGGAUUGGCUCGACUUGGGUCAAGGCUGUCAGAGGCAGAAGUUAAGCAACUCAUGGAAGCUGCUGAUGUAGAUGGAAAUGGAACAAUUGACUACAUUGAAUUCAUUACUGCCACAAUGCACAGGCAUAAACUUGAAAGAGAUGAGCAUCUAUAUAAAGCAUUUCUGUAUUUUGAUAGAGAUAACAGUGGUUUUAUUACAAGAGAUGAACUGGAAACUGCCAUGAAGGAUUAUGGAAUGGGUGAUGAAGCUAGCAUCAAGGAAAUAAUUUCUGAGGUUGAUACAGAUAAUGAUGGGAGGAUAAAUUAUGAGGAGUUCUGCACAAUGAUGAGAAGUGGCGUGCAGCAUCCAGGAAAACUAUUUUAGUUCCAUCAACACUCAAAUACCUGCCAAGCCAAAGUAUGCUGCUACUGAAUGAAUCUGCUAAGUAAUGAAUAUGUGCAGGUGAUGGUAUCAGAAGAAUAUCACUGUGUACCAUAAGGUAUUUUAUUGUUCCCUUUUCUGAGGCUCUACUAUCUUCUCUAAGUUGAAGAGGGGCAAUUUUCGUCGGGGAUGCUAUUAUCUUUGAUUGCCAUGAUUUGAAGCUCUGAACGGUUGACAUUUGUGAAUAUCCAGUUUCUUCUGCUUUUGUUUUUCCAUUAUGUUUAUUACUUCUUCAUUCCCAAUCUUCAUCCAGUGAAUUCUAUCAAAGCAUCUCUAUGAGAUGAAUCCUUGUUUUUGUUGUUUUUUUUUUUUUUUUUGGUUUUGUUUCUAGCUGCUGAUGACAGUAAGAGAUAUGGAGACCAGAGCUUUACAGUUUUCCCGUAUGAUAAUGUUGCCCUAUGAUAAUGCUGUGUUUAGUACAAGUUCAGCAUUGUCCUCUUUAUUUAUAUAUGGAGAACUUGGAAAAUACUA